AUGCGUCGAAUCCCACUAACCACGCUCUUCGGAGUGGACAAGACGACCGAUGACAAACGGCAAUUUGAGACAUCCUGGCUCCUCCCGCCUGCCAUCCUGGCUGGGCUACGCGGCCUCAUUGCCCUGUACAUUUUCACCUCCAUCUUCUUCAUCUGGGGCUGGGAUGGCACCCACGGGGACACUGCGGCCAUCGGCCAAACAUUCAGCUUCUUCACUUGGCUGACCUACUGGGGAAUCGGCUUUUACAUGCUCUUCGCCGCCAUCCACACCACGUACUAUGCACGAACCGGUCGAUCACUCCUCUACCGCUGGCCGCGGGCAUUGCGCAUCCUCCACAGUCUGCUCUACUCGAGCAUCACCACUUACCCAAUCCUGGUGACCAUUGUCUUCUGGGGAAUCAUUUUCAAAGGGCCCUGGUAUAGCAAGACCUUCACCGGCUGGUCAAACAUCACCCAGCACGCCUUGAACUCGCUCUAUGCACUACUCGAAAUUGCUCUGCCUACCACUUCACCACACCCGUGGAUUGCCUUGCCAUUCCUCGUUCUCGGCUUGCUCUUCUACCUCUGUGUCGCGUACAUCACCUUCCACACCCAGGGCUUUUAUCCGUAUACCUUCCUGGACGUCGGAGACCAUGGGCAGAAGAGUGGACUCGUCACCGGCUAUUGUUUCGGCGUGCUAGCUGCCAUCCUGGUCAUCUUCCUGGUUUCCUGGGCAUUGAUCUGGUUGCGCUGCUGGCUCGUCAAGGGUAAGGUCAGGAGGGCCAGGAAGGAUCCGUUGCGCAUCGCUGGCGGUGUACCGGUGAGUGCGGUGGCUGAGUCGGGUGAGAUGAAAGAGUCGGUCUGA